AUGGCGCUCGUCCCCGAUCUCGUGGAUUUACCUCCGCCUCCAGAACCUAUCACGCCUCGACAGGCCAUUGAGGACCUUUUGAUCAUCAUAGCUAGAAUUCGCCAUAAGCUGAGAACGAUGAUCGACUGGUACAUUUACCCGGGAAUCGUUCCAAGUGAAAUCGAAGCGUACGACCCACGACUUCUGAUCCUCCGAGCGCGCCUAGAGUCUCUGGCGUCCCUCUCUUAUGAACACCUGCCAUACAUCACAGAUGAGGCCGAUGCUAGGGCGGGAUACUAUUUAGGGCUGGCCGUUGACCAGAUGCUCAAUUCGGUACUUGGCAUUCAAAAGAUCUUCAGCAACCAUUACGACCGGGAGCUUGAUGAUAAACGACCUUUUGCAGCUAUUUGGGAGACCCUAGACUACCGUUCUCUCCAGCUCAAGGAAAUGUCAAAACUUGCCCCCAGCAACCCUCGGCGGCAACGACCAGAAGACCUCCGACCAAAUGAACUAGGGCAGUUCUGCCGGGGCGCCUUACAGAUCAGCAACAAGCGAGACAGGGGGCGCAUUUCCUUCGUUGAAAGAAAAGACCUUUCAGAGGACAAUGAACAGACGUUGAAGGCUUUUGGCGGGGCGUACCUCAACUGGCAGUGCCCGGAAUGCUCCUUCAAAGUCAGAUAUCACGUCGCGAGCAGCGCAACCUCCAGCAUCCACAGCACUGAUGAGGUCCGCGAGCACAGUGGAGUGAAGGUUCAAUAUCGCAGCUCCUUUUUAGCGAAGUGCCAUUUGUACCUGCCAUUAUCGGAUAAAAAGUCUACUUCAGCCUCCGCAAUCAAAUAUGGCUGUGUCUUUUGUUUCGCGUGCGGAAAGGGCCUGGAUCGAGACAAGGCGGCGUUCACCAAUCCCCAGGCUUUUGCUGAACACCUCGAGGCGAAACAUAGGAAAACCCUUCCUGCAACCUUGAUGCUUCACCGGUACGAUGUCGCUGUUGCAGGCAGAACAGAAGAUCCGAAGAAAAGAUGGGACCUCAACCUCGUCUGA